UUCAAGAUCAACAAUGUUCAUCAACAGACCUGUAAUUUUUGCGCUUCUGGUCUUGGCUUUGAUCAGCCAAGCUAAGGCUCACCAUCCCUUUGACUUUUUCGAAGAAAGCCUUGAUGAUUUUGAAUUUUGUCUAAAAAUUCAUAGUAUUCUUAUUGAGGAAUACGAAUGGUUUGAGCAGUUUGAGAAUUUGGAGAAUGUUCUCAACGAGACGGUCGAAUUGAAGUUCAAGUGCAACAUCAAAUGUCAGCUAGAAAGGCAGCCGAAAAAGUGGCUGAACGAUCUGGGUAAAAUGGAUCUGGAGUCGAUGAGUGCCACCAGUGAAGCAGCGGAAUCAAUCGCAAAGUGCAUGGAAACGGCUUCCGAUGAACCCUGUGCCUACGCUUUCAAACUGGUUAUUUGUGCUUUUGAGUCCGGUCACUCCGUCAUCGAGUUCGAAUCCUAUGACCAUAUAUUAGAGGAAACCGCAGAGCUAGCGGCGGAACAGGCCAUUCUAGACGAAAGUGAUUUUUUGUAUAUAUAACAGUGUUGUCAUAGUUGGUCAAGCCAAUACAUUUUAAUUAGAAGAAAAAAAAACUAAUUAACAAGCUC